AUGCAAUCUGCUAGAAACCAAGACGACAACGUGAUGGUGUCCAACAUGUCGACUGUUUUGUCCAGUUAUGCCCACAACGUGGCCAAGAGUCGGUUCUUGGGAUUGAUUAGCGCAAGGAGUGAGUGUGUUACUGUGCUUCCAUGGGUCUUCGAUCCAGUGAGAGGAGUUAAUGCAGUCCUACUGUACGCGGUAAGCCCAGAUACUCGUGCUAGCCAAGUGAUGCUGAAGGUCAAGGGGUACCAGUUUAUGACUGAGGUUGAUCCAGUGGGUUCAUUGGCUCCACGAGUAACUGUUACAUCUUCUCAACCAUAA